CUGGUGGUGCUGAAGGACAUCAAACGCACCGACCUGGAGGCCCUGCUGGACUACAUGUACAUCGGCGAGGUGGACGUGCGGCAGAGUGAGCUGGCCGGGCUCAUCAAGGCCGCUGAGUGCCUGCGCAUCAAGGGCCUGGCUGUGCCCGACGAGGACCCCACCAAGGCCCACCGCAAGGGCCCCCCAGUACCUGAGCCCCCCCACAGCCCCCCAGCCAAGCGGAAAAGACGGGACUCGGGGGGCAGGGGGGCCCCCUCUCCGCCCCCGCCCCGGGGGGCCUCCCAGUCUUCCUCCUCCCACGCCUCCGCCGCGGCGCCAGUGCCUAGUCAAGCGCCCCCCCCAUCCAGCGCACCUGAGUCACGUGCCAUCCCAGCCCAUGCCCCCCAGCCGCCCCAGCACAGGAGGCGGGCGGGCGCCCGACCCCUGUCCUCCGCCCACCUGCACCACCCCAGUUAA